CAUCCCCAUCCCUGUGACCCCCCAUUCCCAUCCCCCCUGUCCCCAGUCCCCUGUCCCCAAGCCAGCUGCCACCCAGCGCAAGGUCCUGCCCGGAGGUGACCUCGGUCCCUCCUUGGCACGGCUGCGGGGUUAUUUUUGGGCCAUUCCCGCCCCCUCUCGCCGUGCCUGUCCCAGCCUGGCUUUGCGGGGACAGCUCGGGGCUGUCCCAGCCAAGGGACCUGGCUCCAGCCCGGCCACGCCGUGCCCUGGCUCCCAUGUCACCUGCUGUCCACCCCCUGCGCGGACACGUGUCCCCGUUGGGGACAGCCGCAGCCCCGCAGGGGACAGGGACUGGCUGUCCUGGGGACAGGGACUGGCUGUCCUGUGGCCGGUCCUGCCCAGCCCUGGCUGUCCCAUGGGCUCCUGGCUGCCAGGCGGGGACUGCUCUGUCCCCACCCCGACGUCCCCGCUACCCCCUGAUGGCGCAACACCCUCCUGAUGUCCCCGUGCUCCAACGCGGCGGGUCCCCAGCGCCGGGACCCCCACCCGAUGGCCUCGGGGCUCCCGUGGGUGCCACCGUGCCGGGGGGGCCCUGCUUGGGUCCCCGCCAGCCGCGGGAUAUUUUUGCCUCCGCCGGGGACAGCAGCUUCGACCUGGAGAAUGGCCUCCCGGGCAGGGGCGCGCUGGACCCCCAGGCCAGCCCGGGCGCGGGGCUGGUGCUGCAGGGCACCUUCAGCCACGGCCAGCGCCGCGAGUCCUUCCUCUACCGCUCCGACAGCGACUACGACCUGUCCCCCAAGGCCAUGUCCCGCAACUCCUCCAUCGCCAGCGACCUGUGAGUCCC